UGUAGGGACUAUGUUCCCACUGCUGUCCUAUUAUAGGACGCUGUAGAUAAGGUGUGCUAUAUAACCUAGUCCGGAAGCGUGCCAAGCAAGGACUCGGACUUCACUUCACAGCACAGGCAUGGCCAGCAGGAAAGCAGCAACAAAGAGCAAGGCAGCAGCCAAGCGCACACAGCGCGGCUCCUCCAAUGUCUUCUCCAUGUUCGAGCAGUCCCAGAUCCAGGAGUUCAAGGAGGCCUUCAGCUGCAUCGAUCAGGAUCGAGAUGGAAUCAUUAAAAAAGCUGACUUGAAAGAGACAUAUGCACAGCUGGGGAAACUCAACGUGAAUGAUGAUGAACUGGAGGAGAUGCUGAAGGAGGGGAAAGGUCCCAUCAACUUCACUGUCUUUCUAACGCUCUUCGGGGAAAAGCUUAACGGCACUGAUCCGGAAGACAUUAUCCUGAAUGCAUUCAAACUCUUUGACCCCAAUGGCACUGGAGCAGUAAACAAGGACGAGUUCAAGAGGCUGCUGAUGACCCAGGCUGACAAAUUCACUGCAGAGGAGGUGGAGCAGGCAUUUUCGGUCGCACCCAUCGACGUGGCAGGAAACAUCGAUUAUAAAUCCCUUUGUUACAUCAUCACUCACGGGGAUGAGAAGGAGGAGUCUUGAUGGGACACACCCCAAAACAGACCACACCUGGAAGGUGGGAGAGCCAAGGAACCCGAACUGUGCUGGAGGAUUCAAUCCUACUGUCUGGCGAACUGUCACCACUGACGCCUCAGAAUGGUUGUAGCUAACAAAAUAAUUCCAUAAACAUUAUUUUUUUUCUGCACUUCAUUCUUCACUAUAAACAUCUCAAACGUGCAGUAUUGAAAGAAACACGUUAUUGCACACACAUAUUUUCAUUUUAAAACACAAUAUCUGGUGCUACACUUAACUUCUCAGUUGUUUGUCCUUAUUUGCAGGAAGUCUGCUACUGAAUUUCCUAGGACCUAGGCCAUUUCAGCAGUGUCUUCAAAGUAUGUUGCUGCACAGCAAGACAGUUAUAAAUGACAGGAAACAAAGUGUUAAAAAGGUUGGGGAAAAUCUCACUCUCUCUCUAGGUGAAAUGACCAAGGAUGUGCAACACUAGCGGAACGCAAGGCUUGCAAAAAUAGAUGUAUUUAAUUGAGAAUAGUAGCAGCAUGUGUUUCUUUCAAAACUGUACAACUGCACUGCAAAACUGUCUAAACAGUGACAGGUACGUUUAUGGAAUUGUUUUGUUAAACAGCGUCCAGAGUGUUCAGUACAGAAUAAAUACCCUAGGAUGGGUCAUAAUAUUGUGCUACUAUUAUAUUAGUUUUUUUUUUCUUAUAGUGUUAUUGCCAUUCCAUGUUAGUGUUUUCCAUCAAAAUGCUGUCCCAUUUCUCUCAAAAUAAAGGAGUGUAUUCUGA